AUGACCGGGGCCCCCACAACCACUGGGGGAGGGACAGGACAUUCCUCCUAUGCACUGAGAAGACGCCCGUUCUGCUCCGCCCACACCACUCCUCCCAAUCCACUCUGCUCCACUCCUCCCAAUCCACUCUGCUCCGCCCACACUACUCCUCCCAAUCCACUCUGCUCCGCCCACACUACUCCUCCCAAUCCACUCUGCUCCGCCCACACUACUCCUCCCAAUCCACUCUGCUCCGCCCACACUACUCCUCCCAAUCCACUCUGCUCCGCCCACACUACUCCUCCCAAUCCACUCUGCUCCACCCACACUACUCCUCCCAAUCUACUCUGCUCCGCCCACACUACUCUUCCCAAUCCACUUUGCUCCGUCCACACUACUCCUCCCCAAUCCACUUUGCUCCGCCCACACUACUCUUCCCAAUCCACUUUGCUCCGUCCACACUACUCCUCCCCAAUCCACUUUGCUCCGCCCACACUACUCCUCCCUAUUCACUCUGCUCCGCCCACACUACUCCUCCCUAUUCACUCUGCUCCGCCCACACUACUCCUCCCUAUUCACUCUGCUCCGCCCACACUACUCCUCCCUAUUCACUCUGCUCCACCCACACUACUCCUCCCAAUCCACUCUGCUCCACCCACACUACUCCUCCCAAUCCACUCUGCUCCGCCCACACCACUCCUCCCUAUCCACUCUGCUCCACCCACACCACUCCUCCCUAUCCACUCUGCUCCGCCCACACCACUCCUCCCUAUCCACUCUGCUCCACCCACACCACUCCUCCCAAUCCACUCUGCUCCGCCCACACCGCUCCUCCCAAUCCACUCUGCUCCGCCCACACCGCUCCUCCCAAUCCACCCUGCUCUGCCCACACCACUCUGCUCCGCCCACACCACUCCCAAUCCACUCUGCUCCACCCACACCACUCCUCCCUAUCCACUCUGCUCCACCCACACCACUCCUCCCUAUCCACUCUGCUCCGCCCACACCACUCCUCCCUAUCCACUCUGCUCCACCCACACCACUCCUCCCAAUCCACUCUGCUCCACCCACACCACUCCUCCCAAUCCACUCUGCCCACACUACUCCUCCCAAUCCACUCUGCUCUGCCCACACCACUCUGCUCCGCCCACACCACUCCUCCCAAUCCACUCUGCUCCGCCCACACCACUCCUUCCAAUCCACUCUGCUCCGCCCACACUACUCCUUCCAAUCCACUCUGCUCCGCCCACACCACUCCUUCCAAUCCACUCUGCUCCGCCCACGAGGCUCUGCGCCCAGCAGAGGACGGACAUCUCUGGACCGGAAGUAAUUCCUUAUUUAUUCCUGAAGUUGUUCCAUUCUGACACUCCGAGGAAUGCGCCGUGCCUGGCUCUAUGACUGCACUUUUCUGGGACCGCACAGAUUCCUGGUUGGUGGAUCUCCAGCUGGAAACCCUUUAAGACGCUGAAGGACAAAAGUCGAUCUGUUUGGAUUGCUAUGUGUGAUGACGGCGAUCACUGACCUCCUUCUGAAAAUGCUGGCUGCCUGGCUGUCAUGAUGAUCCUCUGGAUUCAGUAUUGUCCCUGGCCCAGAACAAACAUGCACUUUUCACUUUCUAAUCUGAGGGCUGAUUACAGCGACCUGUUCAGUACGGAGGCCACCGACAGCCAGGCAAAGAGCAUUUUCACAGGAUAAUGACUACUGAGACCCUCAAAAUCCUCUCAGUUCCGAUGAAUUGAAAUAAAUCUCACAAAAUUCAUUCAAA